AUGUCUGUGCUUCUCGUCACUGAUGAUGUUGACGAUGACAUUCGAACUCGUUCAUUACCUAAUCAACAAGAGUAUUUCUAUAAACAAUUAAAAGAACUUGAAUACGAUUUAUCAUUCUCAUCGAAAACAUCAUUUUCUUUUCUCGAAUCUUCUUCAUCGGCUAUCGUUAAAUCUAAUAAAUAUUAUCGGCAACAUCGCCGGCGGCAUCGCGUUCGGCCGCAGCAAUGUAUGGUGCAGCAUUUGCUCACCUACAUGGUAACAUUGCUUCUUCUAACCAAUCAUCUUCAUUGGUCAGUCAUAUUUCUUUCGAUAUCAUCAAUAAAAAUCAUGUCAACACAUGCGUCAACGACCCUCAUGCCAUCGUCAGCAAGUCAAACUACGCUAAAACGUCCAGUAUCAGUACCGUCCACAAGCAAAAUUUUAUCCAGACCGGACGAACCACAAUGUUUACCCAUAGACGAUUCCCUGAUCAGUCGACUAUGUUCGCGAACUUGUCGUACACGAAGACUACCGACCGAAAUCUUCGACAAUAUGGAUCGACCAUUUUUCCAGUCAAACUAUUUACCCUUUUGUUCAAACCUAAUCGAUCAAAAAAUAGUCAGCGAAGAUUUUUUCAAUACGACCACCGAAUCCGAAUGUCGAGAGAAGCUAACUCAACUACUAAAAUCCGACGAAGAAGCUCGAACGGCGACGGAAUCAUUUGCUGUUUACAUGCAGGCAAUCGACUCAGCAUCGGACGAAAAUCGCUACUCGAUUAUCCCUGCCGAUUGUCAAAAAGCAUAUCGAAUAUGGGCUUGUUCAGUCAGAAUUCCAUACUUCCAUCGGAAUCGUCGUAUACCGCCUUGCCAAACGAUCUGUGAUGAAGUCGAACGUGUUUGUCCUACAUUUCGACCCAGUGACCGUGAGCCAUUAUUCGCUGGACAACCAUUAUUUUUUUGCGAUGGUGGUAUUGUAAGAAAUAGUGAUUAUGGUUAUAGACCACAUUGUUUUGAUUCAUGCCACGUACAAAAUGGUUCACUUCAACGUCCUUCUGUUCCGACAUUAUCAUCAAUAUCAAGGAAUUCUUCCAUACCGAGUUCUCCAGUAUCUCAACUACUCGAACAUCACGUGACUACACCACCUUGCUUCGAAAUUCAACCGUUACCGCCUUCCUCUGCCGAUUCAUCGACAUCAUCAUUGAUAUUUAUUACUGAAUCGAUGUCUCCGAAUCGAAUUUUAGAUAGGUAA